CUGCCAUCUAUUCUGUUUCUCAUGUGGAUGGUGACAAACACUUCCUCUAGACGUCAAAUAUUAUCGAAAAACUGUCGAGAGGAUGGUCUUUGAACAGCCACGGGUUUGCAGUUUUGAUUUUAUUGUGAAAGAUAUUGCCGGGAACUGUAGUUUGGUCCACUCUAACGUGACAGCUGUGCUGAGAGCGCUGAGAGCUCAUGUGAAACUGAUUCAAAACAAACCCAAACUACUCUCCGGUCCCGCGGUCCUGUCAGCAGGGUGACGCGGUUCUGUUGUAAUCCAUAAUGGAUCUGCCGUGCGUCCAGUGGCAAGAUCACGUGGCACAGAAGUGGCGCGCUCUCGAGCCCAAACUAAAGGAACAGUUUACGUCCCUGCUUGAAAUAGAUGACGUUUUCAGAUGUGGUCUAAGUCUCGUGAGACAAGAUGAUCUGGACUUCUUGCAGCAAGAAUCUGCAGUAUAUUCAGUACAGAAGGAUGCAGAGCUAGCAGCCAAAUGCAGGGUGAGGGGAAACUCCAGCUUCAAGACUAAAAACUACACUGCAGCUGCUCUGCACUAUUCAAAGGGCAUCUGUUUUGCUCCCAGUACUUCGGAGCAGCUGUCUCUGUGCUACGCCAACCGCUCUGCUACGCUCUACCAUCUGCAGCACUACCAGGAAUGCCUUGAUGACAUUGACAGAGCCGUGAAGAAUGGCUAUCCCUCUCAUCUUUUACACAAACUGGAGGACCGCCGCACUCUGUGCUUUAAACAUCUCUCUGUACAUGAAAAGAGAAGGGAGGAUGAUCAAAACCCUGCCUCAAACGAUUGUAAAGGUUCAGACACAGCAAAUUCACCAUCUGUUGGGCCUCUCACAGUUGGGAUUUGUCCUCAAGUUGUUGUUGACUCCACUGUGGAGAAAGGUCGACACCUGGUGGCUGUAAAUAGAAUAGCAGCCGGGGAGGUGAUUCUCACUGACAGGCCGUACAGCUGUGUCCUCCUACCAGGAAUGGAGGAGGUGAAAGGGAAGGUGGGACGGUAUGGCAGAGAGAGAGAAGUGUUGUUUGGAGUGGAGGACAGGCGUUGCCAUAGGUGUUUGACUGAAACGCUGAUUCUUGUACCAUGUGACAGGUGUAGCUACAGCCGAUACUGUUCAACUGGUUGUCAGCAGGAAGCCUGGGAAGAACAUCAUCGCUGGGAGUGUGCGCUGGGAGCAGAUCUGAUGGCGAUGGGCGUUAUGUCACAGCUCGCCCUGAGGUUAGCUCUCAAGGCAGGGUUAAAAAACUUUCUACUAGCAAGGGAGCCAAUCAGAGACAAGCACAAAGAGUGUUUUAAUAAUCACUCGAGUGAUCCUUCUACGUCAUCCUAUGGGGGCUCUUACCUGAAUGUGUAUAACUUGCUGCACCACCUGAAUCACCACAGCCCUGCUCUGCGUUUCAUGUGUGCGGUCACCGCAGCAACACUCUACCUGAAGCUCAGCAAGGCAGGACCACCACCUGUAUCAUGGAGCCAUACCCCACAGGGACCAAACAAGGAGGGAGGAGACGCUGAUUGGAAUGCAGAGCUAUGGAUGCUGGGAAGUGCAGUUCUACAGCACAUCCUACAGCUGAGGUGUAACGCCCAGGCAAUAGUCGUGCUGCAAGACACAGGAGCAACAAACUCACCGGUGCAGUCCAACAGGGAAAUUCGCAUUGCUACUGCAGUAUUCCCGACUCUUAGUCUUCUCAAUCACUCUUGCUGCCCCAACACCAGCCUGGUGUUCAGCACUGGAGGCAUUAUUGAGCCUUCUGGUUCAGCUCUGUCUGCAGACUUCAGUGGGGGUGAAGCUGAAUGGAGGCACAAGGCGCAGGGAGUCACUGUAACAGUCAGAGCAGCCAAGCUCAUCACUCCUGGACAAGAGAUCCUGCACUGCUAUGGUCCUCAUAGCAGCAGGAUGGUGACCCAGGAACGCCGUUGUCUUCUGCAAGAGCAGUACUACUUCCUGUGUCAGUGUGAGGCCUGUAGCCAACAGCAGCAGGACGUGGAGGAGCCCAGACAGCAGGAGCCAGGCGCUGAGGGCAGAGAUCUUGGACUCCUGUGCAUCAAGUGCAAAGGAUCUCUCAAAAAAAGGAGUGAGGACAGAGAAGCCGGAUUUGUAUGUUCACGCUCAUCCUGCAGUCAUUGUAUGUCCUUAUCUGACGUGAACAACAGUCUGCAGGAGAUCAGGGUUAACCUGGAGAAGGCUGUGGAACUCAUGGAGACAGACAGGCCAGGUGAGGCCCUAAGACUUCUAAAAAAGACUCUGUGCCAAUCUGGUCUCAUCCUUGCAGAGACACACCCACUACAGGGGGAGCUAGCUGAUGCCACAGCCAGAGCUUAUGCUUCUCUGGGUGACUGGAAUAGUGCAGCAUCCCAUCUGGAGCGAAGCGCUGUAGCCAUUGCCUCCCAGUUUGGAAAAGAAAGCGUCGAACUGGGUCGACAACUCUUCAAAUUAGCACAGCUACACUUCAAUGGUGGUUCCCGAGGGGCAGCUCUCUCCGUCAUCCCCAAGGUCAGGCGACUUCUCUGCCUUCACUGCGGUCCACACUGCCAUGAAUUACAGGAGCUGAAGGCCAUGGAGGACUGCUUACAAGGGUAGUUUUCAAAAAAAGCAAACUAUAAUUAGUUUUGUACUUUGUGAAGCUCAUUAAAAUAUGAGAAAUUUCAUGAUU